UAUCCGAGGGGAGAUGUCAAGUCCUAUCUGGCGGACGAUCCGUGGGCGGAUCACAAUAAAUUGAUAUCCGAUAUGUUCUAUGGCCUACACUACCUACAUGAUGAGGAAAUUGUGCACGGCAAUAUCAAACCAGUACGCUCAUAUGGUACCUCUCACGGAUUAAUUUGUAGUCCCACUAAUUUCUCGCAGACGAACAUCUUAGUCGAUUUUGACGGUACAGCGGUGCUAUGUGACUACGGAUUGCAAACUCUUCUGCAUGAUAUACGUAUCCCAUUCCAAAGUAUCCGGUAUAUCGCGCCUGAACUUCGUCAGAAUGACAAUGGCGUAUUCCAGUGCAGCUAUGAGGGCGACAUUUGGGCGUUCGGCUGUGUUUCGAUAAAAAUCAUGAGGGGCGAGCGACCAUACCGCACCAUCCAAGAUGAAACUGAGAUUCUUGGGACUGAGGCUCAAGCCUACACGACUGAUAUUCUCCAAUACAUUAAGAGCUCAGAGAUCCUCGGUUGCUUGAACACUUCCCCAGAGAAGCGGUCAACCCUCGAGGAAAUUCGGGAAUGGGUUGAAUUUGGCAGUCAUGGGCAUUCCGAAUCAAUGCAUUAGAAUCAGUGCAAAAAUAUAGUCAUCUGUGUAACGUUACUCAAAUCAUAUUCGCCACGACAAUACAGCAUAAGGACGCAAGAAUAGGG